UUACAGUUAUUUCAUGGUCAUUACCUUUUAUGGUCAGUGUAUUUACAUUUUUCAAACACCGUGUAGUUUACAAGCGUGGUCAAACCCCGCCCACAAGAGUCUACGUCAUUACGCAUUCCUCGUCUGGGCCAAUCAGGAGCUGAGGAGGGCGUACAGCCGUCUCGCGCCGGGUAAAAGGGAUUUGACAGCCGCGGGUCUCGCGCUGAUCCUCAGUGGGACCAUGGCGGCGGCAGCGACCUGCGGCCAGCACGGAGCCGCUCUAACGGUCGCCGUUAGCGGGAAGAAGCAGCACGGUAACCGGGAACACAGCCGGAGGAGCCGGGAGAACUCUCGCCGGAGACAAGCCGCUCUUUUGUUUCUCAGUAACAUCUCUCUGGACGGGCGGCCGGUCCGAAGUGAUUCAGCCGACGAUGUGGGAAGUCGCCAGCAUAAAGACGCCGACUUUGAGGGAGCCGAGUCCGGCUCUGCGGCGGCGGCGGCAGCCGGCGGGUUGUGCCCGGAGCUCGGUAACAAUAGUAGCUACGGGACGUUCUCUAGUUUGGUCGGGAACGUUAAUCCCCCCUCGGCGCCGAGGACAGGACUCCUCACGAUACCGCCCAUCCUCGUCCUGCCGUCGGAUACAGAGUUCAACGAUGCGGGGAGCGCGGAGGUGCUGCUGGAGCGCCGCAGAGGCUCGUUCCCCUCGCCGGGGAACAGCAACCUACUGUCGCCGUCCCCGUCCAACACCAGCCUGCUACCGUCGCCGCUGGGACCGCGGAAGUCUUCCACACUGCUGUCGGUUCAGAGCUGCAACUCGGUGUCCUCGGAGCCGCGACAAAGGACUCGUAACCUCUCUGGUGGCUCUCCCAGACCUCGACACACCAAGAAGAUCCACUUCAUCAAAAACAUGAAACAGUACGACACAAGAGGGAGCAGGAUCGUGCUGAUCUGCGCGAAGAGAUCUCUGUGUGCUGCUUUCUCUGUUCUGCCCUACGGAGAAAGCUUCUACCUCAGUGACCCCACAUUGAACCACCCCAGGAGGAGGCACUCAUCUGGAAACAUCUCCACCACCCUGGAGAUGCUGCCGGGCCUGGAGGGCUUUCAUCUGGACACCUACGGCAGGUCGGUGUCGUACGCCCAGUUCUUGUACCCCACCAACGCUCUAGUGAGGCAGAAGCCGUCGUCCACCAGCGACCUGACGCUGCAGAUUCCCGUGUCCAGGAGCACGCACAGCAUGCCGGGCAGGAGCUGCCCACCCAGCAGACUCAACAGCACAGUGGGGCUGGACCUAGGUGUGGAAGACGUGACGGACUACGACCCGAACAUCCUCAAUGACCCCCAGUGGCCUUGUGGGAAACACAAGCGGGUGCUGAUCUUCGCCUCCUACAUGACGACGGUGAUAGAAUACGUCAAACCAUCGGAUCUUAAGAAAGACAUGAACGAGACGUUUAAGGAGAAGUUUCCACACAUUAAACUCACUCUCAGUAAAAUCCGCAGUCUGAAGAGAGAGAUGAGAGUCAUGGGGGAGGACUGCGGCCUGCAGCCCGUCACCAUCGCCAUGGCGUUUGUGUACUUUGAGAAGCUGGUGCUGCAGGGUCGACUCAACAAGCAGAACAGGAAGCUGGUGUCAGCUGCCUGCAUCCUGCUGGCUGCUAAGAUCAGCAGCGACCUCAAGAAGCAGGAGGUCAAACACCUGAUCGAUAAGCUGGAGGAGCGCUUCAGGAUCGGCAGGAGGGAGCUGAUAUCGUUCGAGUUCACCAUCCUGGUCGCCCUGGAGAUGGCGCUCUACCUCCCCGAGAGUAAAGUCAUGCCACAUUACAGACGGCUCGUGCAGCAGUUAUAGCAGCAGCGGUCACACCUCAGCACUGUGACGGACGGACACUACUCGUGAUGCCUGGCUCAGCGGCUCAGAGGACACCGAAGCUCAUCCACGCUGUGAUGAAGACGCAGCGCAGAGAGCGACGCCGCCUUGUCCUCCUCCGCCCUCAGACACCAAAGUGACAACACACUGUGAUCGAGACUCACCGGAGGUCAAAUCAGAGUCAUCUCUGAAUCCUCACAAAGACUUCCUCACCAGCUUCUUCAGAGGUUUUAAUAACGGAGACUCUCGCUCACUUUUAGAAAAGAAAAAGAAAAGUCCAAAUGCUUCGUGUGUCACCACGGCACAGCUUUGAAGGAAAGUUUCAUCAAGACCUCCAAAUGAAAACAACCACAAGUGCCAUUUUCAAAGUCACACAUCAAGUUCCUGCCAUAGUUUUGUCAAAGGUUUCAUUUUUUAAAGAUUCUCUAUCGACCUCUGUGUUUUUAUUUUUUGAAACUUUUGGACGUUCUCGUGUCAAACUGCUGUGUCAGGUUCACGGCUUCAGUUUUAGAUGAUUUUGGUCACUAAACACACAAACAUGAGUUUUGUACAUUUGACAAUCAUCUGAAUUAUUUAACUUUGCAGUUAAACUUUAAUUCAGGCCGUGAUGGAGGAAAACAGCGCAGUGGGGAAGAGUCUGGUUUCAUAUUUGGACUCUCGCUCACUCCUUCAUGCAGGGGAAGGUUCCCAGUGACACAUGCAGCUGCUGUCAGGAGGAGUUCAGAUGUUUAAGUGCCUGAAGUGGAGAUGUUCCUUUUCUGUCCGUCUUUGGAUCCACGGAUUCAAACCAGCAACGUGAUCUUCACCUCUCGUGUUGUCAGUCCUCGUCACUGUGGUGUGAUUCUUUAGAGCUCACAUGAACACUGUGUCACUGCGGGAGUCCGUGUCCGUUAUACUCUUCAUAUCAGCGCUGAAAGACGCCCCAACGAAGUUUGUGGACACAGCCGGUGUUAGAAAUCACAUCAGUUACUGCACUGGGAUGAGUUUGGAAAAGUAAACUGCAUCUAAUUCAUUCAAACCUCUGCUGACAACAAUCUGAAUACGUCAACUCGAGCUUUGAUUAUUAAUUAAUUAUCGAGAUAACGACACACCAGCUCACACACGGUACAACAAUAUGUUUCCAAACCGGUCGGUGCCAACACUGAAGCUUCUUAAGGUGGACUGCAGAGCUUCUUAAGGUGGACUGCAAGGACAUUACUCACUCGCCGUAGCUCCUUUUUUUCUGUCCGCACUGUGAAGGAACGUAAACUACCAAAAAGACUUUUCCGUUAACGACUAACCGACUUUUCACUCAAGCGUUAUUUAUUCUGUUUUCACUGUAUCAUAAAUCUUGAACCCAGCAGAGCCUCUGACGGGAUGUGUGUGUCGUUCUUCUCUGUCGUAGGACACAGUGAAACAUUUCACUGCUGUACCCACAAUCCAGUGGGUAUUUCUUUGUUGUAAAAGUGGUUACCAUUGGUUACAAACACUUCCUCUGUUGUUUUUGCACAUUUGCCUUUUUUUGCUUCACAGUUCCGCGUCUUUAUUUUAUCACUAAGUAACGAGGGUAAUGAUAUUUUUCUACAUUAAACGUGUGACGUAUGUUACUGUAUGUUGAAUUUUAUUUAUUCUUUGUAAUCCUGAUGAAGAUGAAGAACACGAUUCUUCAUCCUGUUGUUUCACGUCGAUGUUCUUCCACUGAUGUUCUGUGUGUCGGAGCAGGAGAGCCGAUGGACCGAGUCAAAAUCUUUAAAAACAUCACAGGAAGUUUGUUUUGUGUGUGUGUGUGUGUGAAACAGACUCACUGAUAUGUUUUGAAUAGUUUUUGAUCUUUGAUACACAGACAAUAAUUAGUUGGUAGUUGACAGGAUCAGUUUGUGUUUGUUGAAUAUUACUAAACCAUCACCGUACCGGUGAUUUUUAACGUUUAUUCCAUGAACUACAUCAUGAAUAAUUAACGUCACUGCUGCAAGUUGUGUAAUACAUGGCAGUGAACAUCAAAUUUACAUUGUUUAUUUCUUUCAACAGAAAAUUAUGUAACUUAACUAGUUACUCAGCGAUUGUUGUGAUCAUCAGUUCAUCAUUCUGUUGAGAAACUAAUCUGCAGAUGAAAUGAUACAAAUAAUGAGCUGCAGAUGUUCACUGUCACGUUAGAAAACAGUCAGCUUAAAUAUAAAAUGAACAUUCUUUGUUUUGUCUCCUGCUCUGACAAAGAUCGUGAAGAACCUUCUCUCCUCAGUUUGCACUUUAGAGCAGAGUCAUACAUCUGAAGAACCGCAAAGCUUCGGACGAUGUGAUGAAUAGAAAACUCUGCUUCUUCUCUACAUUAGAGAUCUGAUGUCUGACUCUAUGCAGCUUUUCUUUGUCAGCUGACCUUCGUCCUCCUGGUGUGUUGACCUGUAACGUGCCACAGCUUUUGUUUUCUCCUGACUUUAUUUAAAGCUCACGUGUUGUGUUUAGUUUUGUAUCGUUUGAUUCGUCUUUGAGCGCUGUAAAAGGGAAAUAUUUACCAAGUGUUGGUCUUCCAUUUCUAAUCAUUGUUUUUACAUUUUAAGUUAAAUUAAGUUUUGUAUUUUUUUAUUUUUUAUGGACAACAUUGACGAGCCGCGGAGCAGUGUGGCGAGUCGAGGCGACACAGGAAGUUAAUCUGUUAUUAUUUAUGUUGUUCAGCUGUUCACAGAAAUCAGAGAGUAUGUCAUAUUUUUAUGUAACGUGCACUGUCCUGUGUCGACUCCACUGUUCACGGUGUGGGUUGGUUACACCGCAGGACAGUCUGGAGGAGAUUAAUUGCUGAAAAUAUUAAUAAAAAGAAAUAUUUUGUAAAACAUAAAGACCAUAAGCUGUUUAAACUGCCAAUCUUCAAUUCAUGUCAACUUUAUUUUCAUUAAAAAUAUGUAAACUACA